AUGCCGAAGAACAGCAAGGUGACGCAGCGGGAGCACAGCAGCGAGCAUGUCACCGAGUCGGUGGCCGACUUGCUGGCCCACGAAGAACCCGUGGACUACAAACGCAGCGUCCUCAACGUGACGGGGGAGACCUGGGACAAGCAGAAGGAUGGGGAGGAGGACCUGGACGCGGAGAACCGGCCGGCGUGGAACAGCAAACUGCAGUACAUCCUGGCUCAAAUCGGCUACUCCGUGGGGCUGGGCAACGUCUGGCGCUUCCCCUACCUCUGCCAGAAGAAUGGAGGAGGUGCCUACCUGGUCCCCUACUUGGUCCUGCUCGUCAUCAUCGGGCUCCCCCUCUUCUUCCUGGAGCUGGCGGUGGGGCAGAGGAUCCGCCGGGGCAGCAUCGGUGUCUGGAAUUACAUCUGUCCUCGCCUGGGGGGCAUCGGCUACGCCAGCUGCCUCGUCUGUUUUUUUGUCGGUCUCUAUUACAACGUCAUCAUCGGCUGGAGCAUCUUCUACUUCUUUAAGUCCUUCCAGUACCCUCUUCCCUGGAGCGAGUGCCCCAUCGUGAAAAACGGCUCGGUGGCCGUUGUGGAGACCGAAUGCGAGAGGAGCUCGGCCACCACCUACUUCUGGUACCGGGAGACCCUGGACAUCUCCAACUCCAUCUCAGAGAGUGGGGGGCUCAACUGGAAGAUGACCCUGUGUCUGCUGGUGGCCUGGAGCCUUGUUGGCUUGGCCAUGAUCAAAGGCAUCCAGUCCUCUGGAAAGGUGAUGUACUUCAGCUCGCUCUUCCCCUACGUGGUGCUGGUUUGCUUCUUGGUGCGGGGACUUCUCCUGCGCGGGGCAGUGGAUGGGAUCAUGCACAUGUUCACGCCCAAGCUGGACAAGAUGCUGGACCCCCAGGUGUGGCGGGAGGCAGCUACGCAGGUUUUCUUUGCCUUGGGCCUGGGCUUUGGGGGAGUCAUCGCCUUCUCCAGCUACAACAAGCAGGACAACAACUGCCACUUUGAUGCUACGCUUGUCUCCUUCAUCAACUUCUUCACGUCCGUUCUGGCCACCCUGGUUGUGUUCGCUGUGCUGGGCUUCAAGGCCAACAUCAUGAAUGAGAAAUGUGUGGUGGAGAAUGCUGAGAAGAUCUUGGGCUACCUGAACACCAAUGUGCUGAGCCAUGACCUCAUCCCACCCCAUGUGAACUUCUCCCACCUCACCGCCAAGGACUACAAUGAGAUGUACAGGGUGAUCAUGACAGUGAAAGAGGGGCACUUCAAAGAACUGGGCUUGGAUGCCUGUCUGUUGGAGGACGAACUCAACAAGUCAGUGCAAGGAACUGGCCUGGCCUUCAUUGCCUUCACAGAAGCCAUGACCCACUUCCCAGCCUCACCGUUUUGGUCUGUCAUGUUCUUCCUGAUGCUGAUAAACCUGGGGCUGGGGAGCAUGAUCGGGACCAUGUCAGGCAUCACUACACCCAUCAUCGACACCUUCAAGGUGCGGAAGGAAGUGUUCACAGUUGGUUGCUGCAUCUUUGCCUUCGUGGUGGGACUGAUUUUUGUGCAGCGCUCUGGGAAUUACUUUGUCACCAUGUUUGACGACUAUUCAGCCACGCUGCCACUCACGGUCGUGGUCAUCCUGGAGAACAUUGCUGUGGCCUGGAUUUAUGGCACCAAUAAGUUCAUGCAGGAGCUGACGGAAAUGCUGGGUUUCCGGCCCUAUCAGUUCUACUACUACACCUGGAAGUACGUCUCUCCCAUCUGCAUGGCCGUGCUCAUGACCGCCAGCAUCAUCCAGCUGGGAGUCAGCCCCCCAGGCUACAGCGCGUGGAUCAGAGAGGAGGCCGCAGAAAAGUUCCUUUUCUACCCAACCUGGGCCAUGGCUAUUCUCAUCUCUCUGAUCAUCCUGGCAUCCCUCCCUCUGCCUCUGGUCUUCAUCCUCCGACAGUUCCACCUUGUGUCAGAUGGCUCCAACGCCCUCUCCGUUACCUACAAGAAGGGCCGGAUGAUGAAGGACAUCUCCAAUUUGGAAGACAACGAUGAGACCCGCUUCAUCCUGAGCAAAGUGCCCAGUGAGACCCCCUCCCCCAUGCCCACGCACCGUUCCUACCUGGGUCCUGGCAGCAACUCCCCCAUGGAAAUGAGCACUGCCCCCAACGGACGAUACGGGAGUGGGUACCUACUGGCCAGCACCCCCGAAUCCGAACUGUGAUGGUUGCCUGCCCACCACCCCCACCGGGAGAGGAAGUCACUGGGGAGUGGAUCCUGGCUGUCCAGGCAACAGGAAAAUUAAUUCAUAAAGAAGAUGAAGAAGAAAACCCCCUCUUAAAGUCGUAACCCAAAGCAUUUCUAAGGUUGACAUCAGGAAGAAGGGACCAUGGGAGGGGCAGGACUCCUCUGACAACCCUCCCGUGAAAGGCGGGAUCCCCUGGGCUUGCCCUUGGGGAAGAGAGGAGGAACAAGAGACGCUGCAAUACCUUCCCGAGAGUUGUUCUCCUGCAGCUCGUAUCUGAAGCAAAGAAUCUCUCGUUUCUAAGGAGCUGAUGGUUGGAAAAAGGACCUGGUGGCAGGUGGAAAGCCAACCACGCUUCCCCCUGUCACCCAGCGCUCUUCCCUCCCAGUCUGUUGUCCUUUAGCAGGGAGGAGUCAUGGCCUUAUUCCAACGAGCACAAUUAACCAUCGAUGUUUCAUAGCACAAAAGGGUGCUGUUGUUGUCACCGUUGUUGUUGUUGUUGUAUCUCCUGUAGGUUUUUAUAGCUGUGGACACACUCAAAUAACCCCAGAAUUUUGACCAGGGUUGGCAGGGAGCAGCACGGGGCUGGCUGAGAUGUUGCAAUGAGUGAGAUGGUGGAUGGUGGGUCCUUGGUUUUGUCACCACCAGCGUGGGGACAGCGUCAGUGGGUUGUUUUGAGACAUGGAGGCGUCACAUCCAUGGGAUGAUGUGGUCAGUGUGCUCCGUGGUUAGGCAGUUAUUGUGCUGAGUGGCAGAAGGUCCUCUGGAGUGGUGAUUUGGAUGUGUAAGCAUGUUGGGGGGGUCUGGACAGUUGAUGGGGGUCAGGAGUGCUCUCCUGGAAUUACUCCUGAUGUGUGGGAUGCUCCCCUGAACCAAAAUCCCUGGCUUGGUGAUUGUCUCCUCUUGCCACUCUCUUUAGAUGUCCCAGAGGGACAAGCAGAAGAGCUGUGGGGCAUCCAGUCCCAUCACAGUCCUGGUUUAGCUCUCAGGAAACCACCCCCUGACUUACCUCUGGCUGGGGGGAGCUGGACAGUGAUUAUCUCUGGACAAACGUCCUCAUAUCUCAUAGCUUUGAACCAGGGCCUCUGCACUGGCCUCCUGUUGCACCUCCAUGGGGGCUCACCAGCCUUUGGAUGGGGGUAACCAGCUCUUGGGGACAACAGAAGUCCAAGCAGCAGUUACUGGG